AUGGGCAACUGCCUCUCGUCCAACGAGCAGAAGGAGGCCAAGGAUCGGAGCGUGGCCAUCGACAAGCAGAUCGAGGAGGACAGCCGCAAGUACAAGAAGGAAUGCAAGAUCCUGCUUUUAGGCUCCGGCGAGUCGGGCAAGUCGACGAUCGUCAAGCAGAUGAAAAUCAUCCACCAGAAUGGCUACACGACCGAUGAGCUGAUGCUCUUCCGGCUGACGGUCAUCAAGAAUGUGGUCGACUCGGCGCAGGCGAUUGUGCUGGCGCUGCGCAAGUUCAAGAUGGAGCCCGAGAUGCCCGAGAACCGCGAGAGCGCCGACGCCAUCCUCCAGUACCGGGUCGACGCGGACCCGGGCACGUCGCUCGACCCGACGAUGGCCAAGCGGGUCGAGUCGCUGUGGCACGACCCCAUCAUCGCGGCCGUCAUGGAACGGAGCUCGGAAUUCUACCUCAUGGACAGCGCCAGCUACUUCUUCGACAACGUGACGCGGAUCGGGCAGCCAGACUAUGUGCCCAACGAAAACGACGUGCUGCGGGCGCGGUCCAAGACGACGGGGAUCAGCGAGACGCGGUUCAACAUGGGGCAGCUCUCGAUCCACCUGUUUGACGUGGGAGGGCAACGGUCGGAGCGGAAAAAGUGGAUCCACUGCUUUGAGGCGGUGACGUCGAUCAUCUUCUGCGUGGCGCUGAGCGAGUACGACCAGGUGUUGCUCGAGGAGAGCGGGCAGAACCGGAUGGCCGAGUCACUGGUCCUCUUUGAGAGCGUGGUCAACAGCCGCUGGUUCCUGCGGACGUCAAUCAUCCUCUUUCUCAACAAGAUCGACAUCUUUAAGCUCAAGAUCCCGCGGCAACCGCUGUCCAAGUACUUUCCCGAGUACAGCGGCGGGCCCGACAUCAACAAAGCGGCCAAGUACAUCCUGUGGCGCUUUACGCAGACGAAUCGGGCGCGGCUCAGCAUCUACCCGCACCUGACGCAGGCGACGGACACGUCCAACAUCCGGCUCGUCUUUGCCGCCGUCAAGGAAACGAUUCUCACAAACGCACUCAAGGAUAGCGGAAUCUUAUAG